ACGUCUACUUUCAACUUCUUUAAUGACGAGUUCUACAAAGACAAUAUCAAAUUGGAGCUGGAGAUCUUCAACUACUUCGUCAAUGGCAUCUGUCCCGGCUGCGUUUGCUAUCCCAAGAAAAGCAACGGUGCCAGCGGCAUGAUUCCAGCACCAGUAACGCAGAUAAAUCCUGAUUUGAAUCCGUACUUAUACUUGGUCGUUCCCUUAGCACAGCGAUCGCCUAUAGUCUACAAGACGUUGGUUUCUGUGGCCUCGAGGCAGUUGUCGUUGUUGGGCAACUCGAAGUUUGAUACUUUGUCUGAAAAUUACACUUCUGAAGUGCUUAAAGCGCUUCCUUUGCUUAUCAAAGAAAAACAGAUGGAAAAGUCCAACAACUGGGACGAGGUUUUAGCCACCGUGUUGAUGCUCUGUUUCGCCGAUAUCUCAUCCAGCUGUGGAGCCUCGUGGUUAAUCCAUUUGAAUGGAGCCAAAGAGUUCUUGAAAGUAUCCUCUAUCAGAUCCAACAUCACUCCUGUUGCCAAGUUCUUUAUUCGGUACUUUGUCACCCACGAGGUCAUGGGUGAAACUGCCUGGUUCCAGAACAUGAUAAUUUCUGACGACGAGUUCUUGGACGGGCUCAAGAAUGAUAGUGAUGAACGUAUAGACUUAGUUCUUGGAUGCUCUCCUCAUCUCAUUUCCAUCAUAAAUCAGAUUUCCAAGCUAGGAGAAACUUACGAAAGUUUUGAGUCCAAGGAUAGAAAUUCCAAGGGGUUCAUGGAAAUUCAGGCUCAUAUCUUGGAGCUGCGAGAUCGCUUGGAAUCUAAGUUGACCAAUUUAAACCAGUACUUGAAGAUCAGUGAGUUGGAUGACGAGAGCCACGAUAACAUCAUAAAAAUCUCAGAAAUCAAACGGUUGACAACGUUAAUCUACUUGUUUGCUCGUAUAGACUUGGAAUACCUUCACUUAAAUCACAACAAGCCAGACAAUGACAAUGAUGCAGUGCUAGGAGUCAAGUAUCCUAAGAGGUACACCGAUAGACUAAAAGCAAUCAAGCAGGUGACCAAGAAGAUUAUGGGCUUGAUCCAGACGUUACCAUCUGUGUCGAUGUCGUUGUUAUGGACAUUGUUCAUCAUCGGCAUCGUUUCAGUUGAAAACGAAGAAGAACGGUGGUUUGUUCUAAGCAGGUUGAUCGAAAUGGAAAGAAUUAGAGAAUUGGCAAGUGUGAAGAUUGCAAGACAGGUGGUGGAGACAGUGUGGAAAGAAAAGGACUUGAAUUGUUUGAGUAAUAGAUGGAAGGAUAUGAUCAAAGGGAAAGCAAACACCAUCAGUUUGGCAUGA